AUGCUGCGCAGAGCCACCAGCUUCAUUCUGAAUACCAUCGAGUUAGUUUUCUCGCUGAGAUCACCGCUUUGCAGCACAUUUCUCCUCUCAGGAACACGAUCAUGUUCAAACUGAAGGACUUUGUAAACCAGCGGCUCUCUGCUGCGGCCGUGGAAAUAUUUGGAGAGUUUGAGAAAAUGCUAGAUUUGUAUAAAGCAGAAGUGACUCGGUCGAAAGAAGAGGUGGACAACCUGCGGAACCAGCUGGACCUCCUGCACGACAGAUCAGCUGCAGAAGCUCCAGCGGCCCACAGCACCGUCACUGCAGACGGGUGUGACUCCAUUCUGCUGCAGGAGAAGCUGCUGCCCUCGACACCAGUGGAAAUGGGACAAGAGUCAAACUUCAGUGUGAAGGUUGAAGCUGCUGGUGUAGAAAAUCCUGACUGGAACAACGGCAUGCUACACUCAGACCCUGAAGUGUCACAGGUUAAAGAAGAGCAGGAGGAACUGGGCAUCGACAGUCAAAAACAAGAGGCUGUUUUUCUUUCUCCUGAUGAUGUGAAAAGUGAGCAAGAUCAACCAGAGGCAGAAUUUGAAUAUGAAUUGCAGCCGCUCUCCUCAGACUGCUCUGCAGCUCAGAGUGAGAACAGUGAUGAUGAGGAUUGGAUGGAGAGCCAAGGAGCUCAAAGAAGGACCAAGAAACGAAAAGCAAAGUCAAAGCAACGACAGACUGACAGUAGUACACAGGAGGGACGUGAAGUGUUACCUCAUGAAGAUUCUUCUGCCAAAAGUCAACCUGAUGAUCGUAUUUCUUGCCAUUUGUGUGGCAAGUCUUUCAAGUACAUAGGUUUUUUAAUGAAUCACAUACAGACACAUGACAAGACAGUUGACUGUCAUGUUUGUAGGAUAACAUUCCAGUCAACAGAGGAGCUGAUAAAACACUUACAGUCUGCUGUUAAGAAAAAACAUUUUUGUGAUGUUUGUGGCAAAACUUUCACCAAAAUGCAUCUGCUCAAAGAGCACUCAAAAAUACACACAGGGACAAAAGAGUUUACAUGUCAAGACUGUGGCAAAGCAUUUCUCCGAAAAACAGACCUUACUGUGCAUGCUAGGACCCACUCUGGGGAGAAACCGUAUCAUUGUGAGUUGUGUGGCCACAGCUUCAGGACAAGUGAUCGACUCAAAACACACAUGAGAUGCCACUCUGGGGAGAAGCCAUACUCAUGUGAUUUUUGUGGGAAAACAUUCAGUCAGAGGUCUAAUCUUAUAAGUCACAAGAGAUGUCACACAGGAGAGAAGCCAUAUCACUGUGAGGUGUGUGGCAAAAGUUUCAGGACUAGCUGUCAUCUCAAAACACACAUGAGAUACCAUUCAGGAGAGAAGCCGUACUCCUGUGACAUUUGUGGUAAAAAAUUUUGCCAGACCGGCGAGUUGACAAGACAUAUGAUGACACACACAGAGGAGAGGCCAUAUGGUUGCCAUGUUUGUGGCAUGAGAUACAAAUUUGUUAGAAAUCUGAAGUUGCACAUGAAAAAUCAUGAGAAGGAAACUACAGUGGCUGAGUCUACAUGCAUGGAGUAACUCAACUACUGGCCACGCUCUGGUUCAGGAUGUAGGUGCUUUUAGCUGCAUAGAUACAUUUUUGACAAUGAGUGAGUAGGCCCUUGCAACAAGUAAAUCAGUAACAGAAUAUUCUUGUCGAUCUGUCCUUUUUAGAAUGUGGUCUCACACUUAUUGAAGUCUGCAGCUGGUAAAGAACCCCAAAUCGUUAUUCUUUUUGUCAGGCUCCCUUUCUUUUUACACUUAACCAGAUAUUUGAGAAUUGAGCUGUAACUAUGUUUGACUGUAAUUGCUCUGAGGCAGCAUGUAGUACAUGGUUUCUCCUGUUACAUAGCUUAAAGAUAUGCAUUGACAACAUCAGUGUUUUUUGUUUAUUCUUUACCCUUUUCCCCGGGGCAGAGUGAUAUGUACUGUGUGUACCUCAGUAGAUUUGCACUGUUAUGUUCACAAUACCACAAUAAAAAACAUUCUCAUUGCCUC